UUUUAUAAUUGUUGAAAAUGUAAAUGAUAGAACUUGCAAUCACACUAUGCAGAAGACUUAGUCUGUAGAAAAGACUGACUCUUGUUUUCACUUCAUGGUACACCAUAAACUAGCGAGGCUUUCACCAAGACGUGAAACCCACCAGACAUUAUCCCAAACCAAGCAUACACAAAAGAGAAGCCAGGCCAUAUACAUACACAGUCGCAACAUACAGAUUUUUCCCUCUCUCUCUCUUGUUUCAUGUCCAAUCCUGUUUUGCUAGAGACAGAACAUAAACCGGAGAUGAGUGGUAGAGCAUCAUUAGUUACCUUUGAUCACAAGAUUCUCCGACCCUGCAGAAAACUCCUGAUCAGAAUUGCCCGACGUUGUCCUCGCCAUGGUCAGCAUGUGAAACUCCAGAAAGCUUCUCCCUCCUCGAGGAAGCAAGUCACCAAGGUUGUAGCAUCGUUCUUCCUCUCCUUCCACAAGAAGAAGCAGAAGAAGGAGAAGAUGAAGCGACUUAACGAGCUCAGGAGUUUCUCUCACGCUGCCAGUGGCAAGAAGGUCUCACACCCAGAAGCCGGGAAGAAGAUAUUCCCGACCAAUCUUACACUGUCUUGGCUAGGACAAGGUAAGGCUAAUACACAAGAAGUCUCGCAAGAUCACAACUCUCGUAGAGACAGCACAAGCACAUUCCUUCUUUGAUGUAAAAAUACACAAAAUUGCAUGUAUCACUUUCAGUUUAAUCAUGUGGGUGUUUUAGUCUCUUUUCAGUGCCACAGUUCCUGACAUUGAGACCCUGAAAUGACUAAGCAAGAGUGUCUUACGAUUACAAAGUGAUUCUUUGUAGUGCAGUAAUCGAUCUUGUCGAUGGUAUGUGACUGCUGAAGUUAAUAAGAUUGAUGCAUAUGAUUCAGAAAUCUAUAGGAGAAAAUCCGAAAAAGAAUAAGAAAAGAUUGAUGUUCAAUGAUCCAAAUAAUUUCCAAAUAGAUGAGAAGGUAGACAUGGAAUUUUAUACAUCUAUCCUACAGAGACACGGACCAAUGGCUUCAUUCCCUAUCCACCCCUGAAGCAUAUCAAAUCAUUGAUACCAAUGAUACCUCAGAAGAAAGGUUUACAUGUCUCAUAUGAAACCGGGAAAAUAUCCUCGGACCAGUUAUCAGCUGCAUCACCAUGGUAUAAGG